GACCAGAACGCUCCCAUCAUGGCUGCCGCUGUACAGUGAGGGCUCGAAAGUGGCUGCAUUUGUUGUUUCUGGGGAACUAAAAACCACCUUUUUCCCGCUGAGUAUAGAAACAACAACACGAGGUGAAGAGAAGGUGAUCGCUCCUCAUAUUUCCCAGAAUUCCCUGCUUCUCCCCUCUCUGCUGUCACACUGGCAGAGCAGGCGUCAGCAGGUGGAGGAGAUCACGGCUUCACCCUCCUCCUCCCGCCUUCUCCACCUCCCUCCCUCUCUCUCCACGCCGUCCUAACAGUGAAGCGUCUGCGAGUGUCCAUCUGGGGGUGUCGUUGUCGUCUGCUGGAGGAGGCGGAGCAUGUGGAGAGGCUGUGGUUGCCAUGGAGCCGCAGGAUAAGAAGCAGGAGAACAGUGUCGUGACUCUGGGCCUGACGACGGCUCAGGCUCUGGUGAAGCUGCGAGACCAACUGAGCGUUCUGCUGGAGCAACACCAGAGGGCAGCACACAGGCGUACCUCUGCACAGGAGCGGUGGGUGAACAGCUUCCUUUACCAUGGCAACCGUCACUCGUGUCUCCACUGGCCGGGAGCUGCCCUCACUCUCCUGGUGGUGCUGGGACUCUUGUGUUGCCAUGGCAGCCAGCCAAAGGGCAGUUCUGGCAUCGAGCUGGUGAACGCGGCCGCUCUGCUGCUGCUCUUUGUCCUCAACCUGCUGCUGGUCGGACGUCAGGAGAGGCUGAAGAGCAGCGAGAUGGUGCGACGUCUCAACAGCAUCAUCACCAAGCUCAGCGAUUAUCUGUCCGGCUGUGUCGGUGACCUGCGGUGGCCUGCGUCGCUCUAUCCCGACCUGUACACGCCAACGUCUCCAUCGUGGUCUCUUCACUGGACGUAUCGCGACUCUCAGCUGGUGAAUCUGCCUGUGAGUCUGCUGGUGGAAGGAGAUGUCAUCGCUCUGAGACCUGGACAAGAGGCGUUUGCAUCGCUCAGAGGAAUCAAGGAUGAUGAGCACAUCGUGUUGGAGCCAGGAGAUUUGUUCCCGCCCUUCUCCCCUCCCCCUUCCCCACGGACUAAUGAGAAGAGAGGACCUCAGAGCCCCCAGCAGCACCGCCUCUUCAGAGUGGUCCGGACCCCAGUACUGGACUCGGUCAGGAACAGUUUGGAUUUGGCGCUGUCUCGUCCAAUCACGGCUCUCGAUAAUGAGAGGUUCACGGUGCAGUCGGUCAUCGCCAAGAUCGUCUGUCCUGUGGUUCUGGUGGCUUUCCUCAUCGUGAACACCACGCGAUAUUUCUGCGACGCACCCAGCCUCACGCCCACCUGCUACAACUUCUUACAACUUCAGUUGAUGGGGGUUCUGCCCAUCCUGCCGCUGCUCUUCCCCGUCAUGUGGGUGCUGGUUAACGCCUUCGGUGAAGCCCGAGUUCUUGCCGAGUUCAGCCGAGUGUCGCCAGCUGGUCUGCUUGCUAAGUUCUCUGAGGACACUCUAAGCAGCUACACCGAAGUGGUUUCCUCGCAGGAGAUGCUGCGCUGUGUGUGGAGACACAUGGUCGGCGUCCUGAAGGGAGAAUCUCAGACGCUCUGCUACACGUCCAGCCUCUUACACACACUGGGAUCUGUCACUGUGCUGUGUUGUGUGGACAAACAGGGAAUCCUCUCAUGGCCUAAUCCCAGUCCAGAGACCGUCCUGUUCUUCAGCGGACGAGUGGAACCGCCUCACAACAGCCAGGACGACCUCAGGGACGACCUGUCCGUCAACUCCUACUGUCGGGUGGACAUGGAGGACGACAGGGACGAGACAGGGGAGAUCCAGGCUCUCCUCUGUCUGCCAGCAGAGUCGUCCGUCCCACAGGGGGAGGGGCCCGAGCCCAGCGAGACCUCACACGACACCGUGUGUUCAUCGGACACGCUGCGGCACCGUCACUCCUGUCAGCAACCGCCGCUGCAGCAGCCGCCACCACCGCACACUCGCACCAAACACCACUCUGGAUCCAACGUCAGCUUCAGCCACGACACGGAGGGAGGAGACGACGACCAGACGCAGGACUUCGGCUGCCCGGAGGCCGAGGCCGACGACUUUGUGUGUGACUACCACCUGGAGAUGCUGAGCCUGUCGCAGGACCAGCAGAACCCGGCGAGCAUCCAGUUCGACGACCUCUCGUGGCAGUGCCACCUGCCCUCGCUCAAGCCGCUCGGCCUCAACAUCAUGCUCAACCUGUGCAACGUGGGCAUCACGCAGCAGCUGUGCCGCUUCGCCGACCACCUCUCCAACCUGGCGCUGCAGGAGAGCCACGGCUCCGUGCUGCCCGUCUACGUUCCCUGGGGCCUCUGCGAACUCUCCAGGCUCAUAGGCUUCACGCCCGGUGCGAGGGAGUUGUUCAAACAGGAGAACCACCUGGCUCUGUACCAGCUGCCGUCCGGAGAGAAACCCAAAGAGUUCGCCUCCCGCCACCUUCACUACUUCACCAAACGCCAGCCGCCCAUGUCCCACCUCAUCUCGCUGUUCGUGCGUGACUCGUCCUCCAAUAACAUCCAGAUGCUGUCGCACGGCUCGGCCGAUCUCAUCCUGGAGGCCUGCACGGACUUCUGGGACGGCACUGAUAUUUAUCCUCUGUCGGGUUCAGACAGAAAGAAAGUUCUGGACUUCUACCAGCGUGCCUGCCUCUCCGGUUACUGCUCGGCGUUCGCCUACAAACCCAUGCAGGUGUCUCUGUCCACGCAGCUGAACGGGAAGUGCGUAGAGUUGGCCCCGGGGCCCUGCCUCUUCUCGGGGGUGGAGCUCCCCUCGACCACACCCAUCAAACAUAACUCCUACAGGAACAGCUGGAGCUCCGACGAGGGUAUCGGUGAGGGCGUGGAGCGCGAGGACUGCGUCCAGGCCCUGAGCGGUCAGAUCUUCAUGGGCAUGGUGUCAUCUCAGUUCCAGGCACGGCUCGACACGGUCCGCCUCAUCGACGCCCUUGUCACGGCGUGCAUCCGCUUCGUCUACUUCUCCAUGGAGGACGAGCUCCGCAGCAAGGUCUUUGCAGAGAAGAUGGGUUUAGAGACGGGCUGGAACUGUCACAUCUCUCUGACGCCAAACGGAGACGGACACUGCGACGGAGCGCCAUCUAGUCCCACUCACGGGUCACUGCACGAAGAUUCUCGUGAUGAAGCUGAAGGUCCUCUGCUGCCAGAAGAAGAAGCUCAUUCUGACCUGGCCAGUUUUCAGCCCACAGACAGCGACGUCCCCAGUUUCCUGGAGGACUGCAACAGGGCCAAACUACCUCGUGGAAUCCACCAGGUCCGUCCUCACCUGAAGAACAUUGAUAAUGUGCCUCUACUGGUGCCGCUCUUCACCGACUGCACCCCUGACACCAUGUGUGAGAUGAUGAAGAUCAUGCAGGAGAACCGGGAGGUGACCUGUUGUCUGGGAAGCGCCGCCAAUUUCCGCAACAGCUGCCUCUUCCUUCAGAGCGACAUCAGCAUCGCUCUGGAUCCCCUGUAUCCGUCUCAGUGCUCAUGGGAGACUUUCGGCUACGCCACUGGAGGCGCGUUUAGCAGCGACGCUGAAGGUCUGACUCCACUGAGGCUGUCGGGUCAGCUCAACAGCCUGGGCUCCUCCGUCACCUUUCACCAAGGAGAGAGUGUGAGCAUCAUCAAGCUCAUAGAGCAGGCUCGACACACGACAUAUGGCAUCCGCAAAUGUUUCCUCUUCCUGCUGCAGUGCCAGCUCAGUCUGGUCAUCAUCCAGUUCUUAGCCUGUCUGGCUCAGCUUCCUCCUCCGAUGAACACCACUGACAUCCUUUGGCUGUCGUGCUUCAGCUGCCCACUGCUGAGUGUCUCUCUUCUGGGGAAACCUCCAGACUUUUCGGUCAUGGGCGUGGCCACAGGGAAGAACCUCGAUGCCAUUCCAAGAAAGACCCAGAACUUCUUCCUGGGCUGUUUCCUGCUAAAGUUCGGGCUUACGGUGUGCGCCUACCUGGUGGCGUUCGGGUUCACUCUGCAGGAGGUUUGCCUCCGAAGCAGCCAAGGCAACGCUACGAUCGGCGGCCAACACAUUUUCACCGUCGGCUCUUCGGACGAGGCUCCUCGUUGGUUCAGCGAGCUGUCAAACGGGCUCCUGCUCACUCAGAAGGUCAUGGCUGGAUUCCUCGUCUUACACACAGCCGUGAUCUCCCUCAGCUACGUCCACCGCUCUCAGCCUCUGUGGAGGAGGAGUCCGUUCAGCAACACCUGGUGGUGUCUCACUGUCCCUGUGGUUCUGCUCAGCCAGAUUAUCCAGGCCUCGGUGGAUUACCAGCUGUGGCGAGACCGGAGCAGCUCUCUGAACUUUAAGCUGGGGGACAUCCCGCUGCUCGCCUGGGUGCUGGUCUCCCUGAGCCCGCUGCUCGUGGUGCUGGUGAACGAGGUGGUGAAGCUGCACGAGAUACGGGUCCGAGUUCGCUACCAGAAGAGACAGAAGCUUCAGUUUGAGACGAAGCUUGGUAUGAAUUCUCCGUUCUGAGAACACUGAUGUCAGGGUAAUACAGGGAACCAGAGGUUUUACACCCCGGGGGAAGGUCAGGUUUCAAACACUGUUGUGGGCCAACGACCACUGCGACCACCAGGGGGGCCGCUGAUUUUUAACCAAACAAACUCUGAGAGAACAUUUCAAAGCUCAGAGUUCGACUAUUUAUUGUCUGCUUUCAGUUUGUUUUUAAAGGAGAGAGGAUUGUUUUCUCCUGGACGAAGUCGGCGCUUCGUCGACGUCACCUCGGUUUUAAAUCUCUGAAUGAACACGCCCACCUGUACGAAUGUUCCGGGUUUCACACAAACUCACAGUUAUGAGCAGAAUUUUAUUUUUUAACAUAUUGAAUUGUGUCAUAUCGUUUGAAUCCAGCCUUCAUGCACUCUGACAUGUUCUUACUCUUUGUCUUAUUUUAAGAGAAAACAAUCAUGAUCGAGGUAAAUCUGUACCUGUGGAUCUGUGGGCCUUUUUUUUUGUAUCCUUACACAAUCAUGAAGUGAUCAAUAAACUAAAAUGUGCAAAAUGUA